UUGUUAGUGAGAAAAUAAUAGUUUUUAAGCUCAUUUGCCGUGUUUUAUAGAUUGCACAAGUUAUUAUGGCUGAUGAGGGAUGUUAAAUUGUAAAUGUAAACUUUAGUUUUUAAUUGAAGCACGAAUAUAAGUGGAAAUAUGGAAAUAUGUUGAUGGGAAACUUUGCUUGAGAACUUAUGCUGAAAAGUUUUACGGUAAGAUAGAUCUGUCAUUUUCUACUAGAAAAUAUGGACUGGUACUACAAACUGCUUGCGCGGCGGCCACAUUUCGUAGUGGUUUCAGUCGGUGUAUUUUCUGUAGCGUGUAUAAUGGUAGCAUUGAUGACCAGAAAGUUACCUGAUUUUGAUGAUCCUACGCUGGGCUUCGAAGCUCGGGGAACGUCGAUUGGAAAACGGUGGACUACGUGGCGUAAUUUAUUGGAAGAAACGAGCCCUAGUGGGAGACUCAUUUGUAAUCCAAAAGAGCUAGAGGAUCAGCUGAGUGCUGAUUUCAACUACGAGUUUCGCAUCCGAAAACGGAAGAAAGGACGUAAAAAAACAAAUGAUUAUGGUAAAAAACGCAAUAGAUUGAACAAAAGCAUUAGAAUUCUUAAAGAGCUAUCUAAUAACAAAUCGUCCAAUGGAGAGCUAAUCAGUUAUGAGGAGUACGAUAAUGGUACAUUUACUAGUAGACACGACAAUUGGGAAUAUGGAAAAAAUAUGUCAUUCUAUGCUGAGGAAAAUGGCAACAAAACAAUGGAAAAGAAGCGUGCCAAAUGGGACACGCUUAGAAAUUUGAAGCCGCCGCCGGAUGCAAUAGAGAUGCACAUUCCAGCUGAUGGAUUUUUCUGUGAAUCGCCCAAUAAAGAGUUUGCCCACUUUGUAGUGCAACGAGUUAAUCAUAACUUAAAUGACACUUUGUUUGAGCUGAAUGCUUUUUUGGCCAUGUGUGACCUGGAGCAACGUAUCAUAAACACGGAACACUACACGAGCCUUUGUCAGAAAGAACUUACCAGUGACAAUUGUUGUCGACCAUGGUCGGUAGUAAAUUACGUGACGUUUCUUUCGAAUAAAACUUCCUGCUUCGAGCUGGACGAGGAGGAUAUUGCGAUGGUCAAAACAUUGCUGUUUGAUUGCUACCAGUACUAUCACAACAUGAAAUUAAGCAAUGAUUGCGUUCGAUCAAAUUGUGUUGUGCCGACCGAAUGCAAGCAACAUAAUGCGGUAUAUAACAUUUUACAUUAUCUGGCCGAUGCAGAGUUUAUUAAACUGAAUGAAUCUGCCGAAUUUCUUAGUGCAACAAUGAUUUUUUUACCAAUUGCAAGGAGUAUCAAAACACUGGAAUUUUACCAUAAUUUGCGACAAGAAAACCUUCAAAACGAAUUAGUAGCAGUGGUUGCUAUCGAUAUGGGUUUAAAAAAUGCGCUGUUUGACGAAUGUCUUCUCAGAGACGGUUGGUUGGUUGGAUUGGGUGCAAUUUUUGUGGUCGUUUCUAUGUGGCUCUACACAAGAUCGCUUUUUGUCACAAUAAUGACCGUGAUUGCUGUGAUUUUCUCACUCGGAGUAGCCUACUUCUUUUAUGCACUGAUAUUCGAGUUGUCGUUCUUUCCGUUUAUGAACGUGCUGGCGGUCGUGGUGAUAGUUGGAAUCGGAGCCGAUGAUGCGUUUAUAUUUUUGAAAAUAUGGCAGUGCGCUAUGGAAGACCGUUUAAAAACGGGUGCCAUUGCGAUGGACCCAUCAACAGCCUCUUUCGUGGCGGAAGGUGGUACAACUCGAUCGGAUACGUUAGUCGGUAUUAUAGCUAGAACACUGAAACAUGCUGCCUUGUCAAUGCUAGUUACAUCUCUGACAACAGCGGCAGCAUUCUAUGCCUCUUAUGUGAGCUCUAUCACAGCUGUUCGGUGUUUUGGUAUAUUUUCUGGCACAGCUGUAAUGGCUAACUAUUUACUGAUGGUGACCUGGCUACCCGCUUGUGUUUCGAUUGCGGAACGAAUAUCAUUUUUCUCGCUUAUCAAACCAGUGGAGAACUUUGUUGACAAGCUUACGUAUCCUUUCAAAACAGUUAGUCAAUUUGGUAGAAAAAUAGAGGAUAUCAUUAUAUCGUUGGUAAUUAAGGUUCCAUUAUUGUGGAUUGUUCUCUUAGGUGCUACUGGUGUGAUGAGUGGUGUGAUAGUGCUAUACUGGCCCAAGUUAAGACUCCCGGACUCGCCGGAUUUUAGGCUAUUUAUCAGCAGUCACCCAUUUGAACGAUACGACAGUGAAUACAAGGAGCAGUUUUGGUUCGAAAAGGUUUACAUAGCGACAGAUACCUUCAAGUUACCGCUGCGCUUCGUAUGGGGUGUUCAGCCGGUCGAUAGUGGAAAUUUCCUGGAUCCAGAAAGCCGAGGUUCGCUUUAUUUCGACGAAAGUUUUAACAUUAGCGCACCGGAAUCGCAGCAGUGGCUGUUAACAUUCUGCAAGAGUCUUAAAAAUCAGACCUUCUAUCAGAUGAGCUACGGUUUGCUGCUGCCGAAUUGCUUCAUCGAGAAUUUCGUCAACUGGAUGUCGCGACGGUGCAAUGACUUUAUGGGCGAGAUCGAUCGAACGCCUUGCUGUGAGGCAUCUUCCUUCCCAUUUGCCCCGGAUGUAUUCGACCAUUGUUUGCCAGAGUCGAUUUCCAGUCUAUAUGAAACCCCAAGGCAGUUCUUCAUUCCUGGAGUCGCUGGGCCGAAGUUUGCUAGACAACCGUACGGGAAUACUAGUGGACCUGCAAUUGUUAAGGCAGUAGUAAUCGAAUAUGAAAGUAAUCAGGUUUUUACAAUGUCUUACACAGAGAUUGAUGCUUUUGUCAAAACAGUGGAAGAUUGGUUAGAACGGAUGUUAGCCGACGCACCGCCUGGGAUGAAGAAUGCCUGGUUCAUAAGUGAACUAGAGUUUUUUGAUUUACAGGAUACACUGUCCACCGGGACUAUGGUCGCCAUUUGUAUGGCAAUGGGUGUAGCACUGCUAGUCCUGCUUUUAGUGACGUUGAAUGUGUUGAUUAGUUUAUACGCUGUAGUGACAGUUACGUUUACGAUUUUGACGACGGUAGCCGUUCUAGUGCUACUGGGUUGGAAACUGAAUGUGUUGGAGAGUGUAGCUGUUAGUACUGCAAUAGGUUUAGCGGUAGAUUUUAGCUUACAUUACGGCGUCCAUUACAGACUCUCGACUGAUUCGGAUCGAAAGUCUUCGACAUACUAUUCGUUGACUAGAAUGAUUGGUCCUACUGCCAUGGCUGCAAUCACUACCGCAGUCGCUGGGGCAUUGAUGUUGCCCUCGAACGUGCUCGCGUAUAUUCAAAUAGGUGUAUUUUUAGUGAUCGUUAUGUCCACUAGCUGGAUAUAUGCCACAUUCUUUCUGAUGAGCCUGCUCCGAGUCAUUGGACCACAGUUUGGCUUCGGUCAGUUUCGUUACCCAAAGCUUCGAGGAGGCCUUCGAGAGAAUACCAAAGCUCAUAUUGAGACUGCUACUCGACAAAAUCAUUUACAUCACCAAAAUACGGUUUCCGAGCAGCUGUUAUCCAAUUCCAGCUCGGCAGCCGGAGAACUAGUUGGAUCCGAGUCCCAUGAAUUGGACUCCCUCACAUCUAACUCUAUUAUCAAACCCAUCAAUCUAGAUAUUUCUAGACCUAUCAAUUUUGACAGAGCUUUUAAGAAAAAGUAUUCGUUACCUCGAGAGCACAGCCCAUCAACAGCUAGUGCAAUAACGGUGGUUUUACCAGAUGACGUGGAUUUCAAGAGUGGAUAAAGAAUUUGCAGACUAUAUAUUUUUGUUGCAGAAGAACCCUAUUGCAUUUGGGGGUUUUCAUAGCUGAUACAUGUGCAAUUGUCAAACAUAUUUCAGUGAAAAUAUUAGAAGUUUUAACGUUUUUUGAAUUGGUUUUUUUCUUCGGUCAACUCAGUUGACUACGUUGCUUUAAGGUUCAAACACGUGUCAUUGUAUUUUUUUACCUCCAGAGUUUUUACUCUUGAAAUCAAAUAAGAAUCAAUGACGCGUUAGUAAAUCUUAAAAUACACGUUUGUGUCAGAAGAGUAAGCGGCGGACCCUUCAUAAAAGCAAUACCAUUUUUGACUUUCACUACUAAUUAGAGAUUCAGGUUUACGUUCUGAUACCUAUAUUAGAGGAAACAUAGAGAAUAUUUUAUAAAUAAUAAUAAUACUACCUUUUUCAGCACAAUGCUUUUUUUUUAGAUUAUGUGGUUUAACGAAAUUCAUAGUUCGGCUAAUUUACAUUUAUUAUAUGUUUAAUCUAUCUGAAACAUAGUGUUACAAACUUAAAUAUCCAAUGACUCCAGCCUUUUGUACUGACCAAUAUCUGU